GACUGCACUCUUGAGUGUUGCGAUUUAACUGACCGUUUAAAUUGUGUAAUUUGAUACAGAUAUUAAGCUUAUGCUUAUGAUUUUCUAUUGCGUAUGGAGUCUCAUGGUCUACCGUUUGACACUGGUUUCUUGUAGGGUUAUGUUUUUCAUUGGGCGGGUUUUAACUUGUUCCGCAAUCAAGAGUUAAGUUUCGGUUUCCCAGGACCAUGGCCGCGGCACAGAUGGUACGCGGGGUCCCGUUGAGUACGCUUAGUCCAAAGUUUCUCCACACCAACUCUACCAGCCACACCUGGCCCUUCAGUGCUAUUGCUGAACUCAUAGACAACGCAUACGACCCUGAUGUCAAUGCCAAACAGAUAUGGAUCGAUAAGACCCAGAUCAAAGACAUGGAGUGUCUCACCUUCAUGGAUAACGGAAACGGACUCAGCUCUGACAUGAUGCAUAUGAUGCUCAGCUUUGGAUACAGCGACAAAAAAGCUGUCAACGGCAAACAUCCCAUUGGAAUGUAUGGCAAUGGUUUCAAGUCUGGCUCAAUGCGUCUGGGCCAGGAUGCCAUCGUUUUAUCCAAAUCAAAGAAUGACCUGUGUGUUGGCAUGCUGUCACAGACUUACCUGAAGAAGAUUGGAGCCAAGCAGAUCACUGUGCCCAUCAUAAGCAUUAAGAAACCUGAAGCAAAACACUUCAGUGUGAUGGAGGAGCACCAGGCGAGUCUGAGGGACAUACUGGACCACUCACCCUUCAACACUGAGGAAGAGCUGCUCACUGAGCUCCGAGCUAUCGAGUCAUCCUGCUCCAGCACCGGGACCCGGAUCAUCAUCUGGAACCUCCGCAGGACGACUGCAGGGAAUAUGGAGUUUGAUUUCACCACAGACCGCUAUGAUAUCCGCAUUCCCUCUGAUGUCCUUGAAUCAACGACUGAAUCAAACCAAAGACCAGGGCGACAAGACUAUUCAGUCCCUGAGAGUGAAUACUCGUUGCGUGAAUACUGCAGCGUCCUCUACAUGAAGCCUCGUAUGCAGAUCAACAUUCAAGGACAGAAGGUGAGGACUCAGCUCAUCUCUAAGAGCCUGGCCCACAUCGCAAGAGAAAUCUACAAGCCUUUUUUUGUCAAACAAAAAAUCCCCAUCACCUUUGGGUACAACACGAAGAGCAAGGAGCAUUAUGGCCUCAUGAUGUACCACAAGAACCGACUCAUUAAGGCCUAUCAUCGUGUCGGCUGUCAGCUAAACGCUAGCAACAAGCAAGGCAUCGGAGUCAUUGGUGUGAUUGAAUGCAAUUUUCUGGAACCGACUCACAACAAACAGGACUUUGACAACACCGAUAAGUACAGGAACGCCAUCAGAAAUGUUGCAAUCAAGUUAGAAGAAUACUGUAAAGAAAUUCGGUUUAAGAGAAAGAACAGCAACCGCAGCAACAACGUACCCAUUGAGGAGGAACAAAAACGCCCGGAUCAGAACUGGGCCCAGUGUGAUAAGUGUCAGCAGUGGCGGAGGAUGCCGGAUGGAAUUAACAACGAUAAACUUCCUGAAGAGUGGUUCUGCUACAUGAACCCCGACCCUCAGUUCAGGCGCUGUGAGACGAUGGAAGAGCCAGAGGACUCUGAUUCAGAGCAGCAAACAAACCCUAAGACCUAUAAGAUACAGGAGAAGGAGGAAAAAAAGAAACAAGAAGAGUUGAAAGAAUUCAAAAAGUUUCAGGAAGAGAAAAGGCAACGGGAGCUUCUUCUGAAAGCCGAGUCCCUCAGAAGACUGAAGGAGGAGAGGGAGUGGAGGAAAAUGACCUCCACCCCGAACACACCACGGACACCAGGAAAGGGCGCUUCAGCAUCUAGUUUGUCCACUAGCAGCAGUCAGCUGGUAAUAACAGAAGUAUUCUCGCUGUCAAAAACCCCCUCAAGGCUGCAGCCUACGACUCCACAAAACGAAGCCAAAAGACAGAAGCUGGAUGGUCUCAAGAGAAAGUUAGUCACAGAUAUGAGUCCGAGCAGCUCUACGACCCCACCAACCCCUGUCCCUUGCAAGGACUUAAACAUUGACGACAACCUAUUGGAGGGCAGCAGUACUCCUGCACCGACGGAGCCCACCCUCCACCCGGUUGGAGUGAGGACAGAGAGUGACCCAAAGGUUCCCGUUUACGGGAUGGCCUUCAGCCAUGCAGCCUUGGAGGCCAGAUCUACAGGAAAUUAUGCCACGGGGGAGAUGAGGGACAAAUGCACCCAGAUGCAAGGACCACGAGUGAAGGAUGAGGAGGAGAUGAACAGCAGCACAGCGGCUAACGAUGGAGCUAAGGUGAUGGAGGAGGGAAUGAUUAGCAUCAUCCAGGCCCAGGAAGAGCAAGACCAGCUCAUGGAGCUCCUGCAGUCUGUGUCCAACGAGAGGGACUCCUUCAAAGAGAAGGUCAAGGAGCUCCAUGCACAACUAGAGUUGGAGAAGCAGUGUGCAGACUGUCAGACAGCCAGAGAGAAGGCAGAGAAGCUGAGCAGAGAAAAAGAGGCGUUACUGGAGACCCAUUCCCGCCAUAACCAGGAACAUGCAAAGCAUUUUGAAGACUUGACGUGUAGAUUGGAGAGAAGCAGCAACGAGAUUGAGAAACUGGUCUUAAAGGUGAAGCAGUUGGAGGAGGAGAAAGCCACCAUUUCUGCCGAGUGUGAAAAGAACAAGUCAAGUCUGACAAAGCUCAAAGAUAAAAUGGCUGAUCUUUUAAACUGAACCAAGUGAACUACGAGUGCAUUGAGGAGAUAUUGGAACAGGUACACCAUAGCAAUGGUCCUACUUCACAGCUAUACCAUUGACUAAUGUUGGUUACAAAGCUGUUUGGGGUUAACUCUCCACCUAUCUCACCUCACUGCCUUUCAGGUAGGUCAAUGGAUGUAAAGCAAGGUCACAACCUUCAGUGUCCUUCAGAGUCCCACAGGCACCUUUUGGAUUUUGGCAAAGACAGCGUUUAGCUAUGAUAUACCUUGGCUAGGCUAGAAAUAGAAUAGAAAUAGAAAUAGAAAGCCUUUUAUUGUCAUUGCACGAGUGAAGUACAACGAAAUUUUUAGUAAGCUUUCCCAAUUGGUGCAUUCGAGAAAAUAAAUAAUAUAUAAAUAGAACAAGAACAACAGUAUACCAGUUUUAAGGCUCCUGGAUGACCUCAGCCUGUAAGAGUUCGUCUCGAUUCCAGCUUUAUUACCUUUUUUAUGAUUAGAAUAUUGUAAACUGCUUAUAUUUUGAUGACUCAUGAUGAUGUCAUUCUAAAUAUUGUUUUGUAAGGGCUCUGAUGUAAAAAAGAUUUUGAUCUCAGACCAGUCUCCAUAAAUAAAGCAGAAAUGAAAAUUAGGAGUGGGCAAGGUAACACGUUAAUAAUGCGUUAAUGCAAUAUUAUUUUCAAUAUAUUCAAUAUUUUCAAUAUAUACAAAAUACAAAACGCAUUAAUGCACGUUCUCUUUAUUUAUUCUUAUUUAUUUAUUUUUUGCCCACAGAAUGUCAACAUUCAUGUCAGAAAUAAUUGUGUUUUUUAGUUCCACUUACUUUACAUUCAAUUACAAUUGUACUAAUUAACUGCCUGUUUACAAUUCCCAAAUCUGUGGUGUUCCGUAAGUUUCAUAUUCAACCCACACUGAGUGAGUCAAUAAAACUCUCAAGGUCACUUGGUCUAGUUUUUGCUUAUUAAGUACAUUUGGUAUGAAUGACAAUGUGUCAUUCCAUUUGAUAACCUAAUUUCACCUCAAUCGGAGUGGAUUUAAAAUAUAAUUUUAAAAGUGUGAUUAAUCGCGAGUUAACUCACAAAUACUAUGCGAUGAAUCGCGUUUAAAACUUUAAUCGUUGCCCAGCCCUAAUGAAAAUAUAUAUAUUGUUGAUGUCAAUUGUUUGUAGAUUUAAUUGUAUGAAACAUAACAUACAUUUUAUUGUUAAGAUGGGAAAGAGUUUGGUUUUUUUUGUAUUCAUAAAGUACCGUGUUAUUUAUUUUUGGGGUUUGUGUGUUGAUUGUUGGGGUUUGUGCGCUGAUUGUUGGGGUUUGUGUGCUGUUCAUAACAAUUAUCAAUAUAUUAAAGAGCAAUUGAACCAUAAACAACCGCAAUCAAUGC